UGUUGGGGAUACAAUAACCUAUGAACUUUUCAUAAAACACUGAAGCCCACCGGAACUUCUGUUUUCCCUGUUAACAAAAUUUAAAACCACCUCUCCCUCUUACUCUCUCCCUCUUUCUCACCUCCUCUAUUUCUUCGCUAAUGAAGCCCAAAACAGCUCCAAUCAAGCCAGCGAGCAGAACCCAUUCCAAACUCUCCCCACUGAAACCAGAGAGCAGAGCAAAAGGAGAAAGAAAGAAAGAGACACUGCUCUUCUUGAAAGCAAAAGAGAGGUAGGUCCUAUCUCCUUCCCGUUCCUUCCAUGUGAAGUCUCUCCAUCAAAGAUGCCUCUGUUUCCAUUUGAAGCUUCUCAGAUUCCUUUAGCUUUUUCUCCUUUGUUCAGCCCCUAAACCUCCAUUUCUCCCCUCUCUCCCCUGUACCCAAAUCCCAAAAACCCAUGCUGCGCUGAGAAAAGUUCACCAUAACCCCAAACCAAAUGGCCCCUCUUCUUCUCCUCUCACUGUUCUCCCUUCUAAGCUCUUGUACUGCUCUCCACGAUGAUGCCACAGUCUUGGCUUCUCUUCGAAACAGCUUCCAUUCCACCAGCCCGGAGUUAGACAGUUGGAACACUUCCAACCUUGGCUCGGCCUGCUCGUGGUUCGGAGUGCGGUGCGAGCGAGACAGAAUCGUGGCCAUCGAUCUCUCCAACCUGAACAUCUCGGGCUCCAUUUCGCUCGAAAUCUCCGGCCUCGCAUCGCUCGUCAACCUCUCCCUCGCCGGCAAUGAACUCGAGGGGGAUAUCAAAGUUUCAAAUUUGCCGAGCCUUCGCCACCUUAACAUCUCUAUCAACCAGUUCAGUGGCGGACUGCACUGGGAUUACUCGAGCCUGCCGAGCUUGGAGGUGUUCGACGCCUACAACAACAACUUCACUGCACCACUACCCCCCGGCGUCGCAGACUCGAAGAGAAUCAAGUAUCUGGACCUCGGCGGCAACUUCUUCUACGGAAGCAUCCCGGCAAGCUAUGGGAGCUUGGUCGAACUGGAGUACCUCUCGCUCAACGGCAAUGACCUCAGAGGGAGAAUUCCAUGCGAGCUCGGCAACCUCACGAACUUGAAGCAGCUCUACCUGGGCUUCGACAACGAGUUCGAGGGUGGCAUUCCGGCCGAGCUUGGGAAGCUGAUCAAUCUAGUCCAUCUAGAGCUCUCGAGCUGCGGCCUCGAUGGCGAAAUCCCGCAUCAACUUGGCAAUCUAGUCUCCCUUCACACUCUAUUCAUCCACACCAACUUCUUGUCCGGGCCGGUGCCAUCGUCGCUCGGGAACCUCACGAGGCUCGUCCAUCUCGACCUCUCCAACAAUGCGCUCACCGGCGAGAUACCCCACAAGCUCGCCGCCCUCGGUGGACUGAGCCUUCUGAACCUGUUCAUGAACAGACUGCACGGAUCGAUACCGGAGUUCGUUGCGGAGCUGCCGGCUUUGCACACUCUCCAGCUCUUCAUGAACAACCUCACCGGCGGUAUCCCACGGAGGCUCGGCUCUAAUGGCCGGAUUCGGGUGCUCGACCUUUCGUCGAACAAGCUCACCGGUACCGUUCCUGAUAACCUCUGCCCCUCGAACCAGCUCAAAGUCCUCAUCCUGCUGAAAAAUUUCUUGUUUGGUCCGAUCCCAGAGAGCUUGGGCAGGUGUCUGAGCCUGACCAGAGUGAGACUGGGGCAGAAUUAUCUCAAUGGCACCAUUCCUCCGGGCUUCCUUUACUUGCCCCUGCUCAACCUACUAGAUCUCCAAGACAACUACCUCUCUGGUCCAAUCUCAGAGAAUUCCAAUUCUAGCCAUGGCUCGACACAAUUAACCCAGCUCAAUCUAUCAAACAACUUGCUCUCCGGACCUAUCCCACACUCCUUUUCAAACAUCUCUUCCCUCCAAGAACUGCAGCUAAACGGCAACCGAUUCAACGGCCCGAUCUCCGGCACAAUUGGUGAACUCCGGCGGGUUGUCAUGCUUGAUCUCAGCCAUAAUGCUCUGUCCGGAAAUAUCCCACCGGAGAUCGGCAAUUGUGCUCAAUUAACCUAUCUGGACCUUAGCCAAAACAACCUCUCCGGUCCGAUUCCACCGGAGAUCGCCGAAAUUGGGAUACUGAGCUACAUGAACCUAUCGAGGAACCACCUCGACGGCAUGAUACCGAGGUCGAUGAGCGCGAUGAGGAGCCUCACGGCGGUGGAUUUCUCCUUCAACAACUUGUCCGGUAGGCUUCCGGACUCUGGUCAGCUGGCCUACUUCAAUGCUUCAUUCUUUGCAGGCAACCCUUGGCUCUGUGGGUCGGUCCUCAACAAUCCGUGCAACUACAUGGCCAGCCCGGUCCAGUCCCGUCGCGGGCCGGGGCAUUUCAAACUAGUUCUUGUACUGGGCCUCCUAUUGUGCUCGGUGGUCUUCGCGGCGGCCGCCAUCAUGCGGGCGAGGUCAUGCCGUCGCACAUUCGACGGAGACACGUGGCGGCUGACUGCGUUCGGGCGGGUAGAUUUCGGCGUGUCGGACGUUAUGGAGAGCAUGAAGGACGCGAACGUGAUCGGGCGCGGCGGGGCGGGUGUGGUGUACCUCGGGCACACCAGCGCCGGCGAACAGAUCGCCGUUAAGAGACUGAUGAGGCUCGGAUCCAACGGCCAUGAUCGCGGGUUUCGAGCUGAGAUCCGGACCCUGGGGUGCAUCAGGCAUCGGAACAUCGUACGGCUGCUUGCCUUCUGCUCCAACAGGGACACCAACGUUCUGGUGUACGAGCACAUGAGCAAUGGGAGCUUGGGGGAGGUGUUACACGGGAAGCGAGGGGGGUCCUUGGGGUGGGAUCGCAGGUACAGGAUAGCGGUGGAGGCAGCCAGGGGUCUAUGCUAUCUGCACCAUGAUUGCAGCCCCAUGAUAGUACACCGGGACGUAAAGAGCAACAACAUCUUGCUGGGCGCUAACUUUGAGGCACACGUCGCGGAUUUUGGACUCGCCAAGUUCUUGCACGAUGGGGGUGCCUCCGAGUGCAUGUCCGCCAUCGCUGGAUCCUACGGCUAUAUUGCCCCUGAAUAUGCUUAUACUCUUAAGGUGGAUGAGAAAAGUGAUGUGUAUAGCUUUGGAGUGGUUCUUUUGGAGCUCAUUACUGGACGACGCCCGGUUGGAGAAUUUGGUGAUGGGGUGGAUAUAGUGCAUUGGGCCAAGAAGAUCACUAAUUGCAACAAAAAUAAUGCUUCUCAGAUUGUGGAUUCAAGAUUGGGCGCAGUGCCUAUAAACGAGGUGAUGCAUGUUUUCUUUAUCGCAAUGCUAUGCACCCACGAAAACAGUAUUGAGAGGCCAACGAUGAGAGAAGUGGUCCAAAUGCUCUCCGAAUUUUCUCAUCAUGCUUCAGAAGACCAGUCUCCUUCUUCCUCGGCUCCUAGAAAAGAGGACAGCCUCGACAAGGAGACCAACUGUUAUAAGCUCUUUCCAGAUCUCCUAAUCUAAUGAUUAUAGAUUGUGAGUGUGGAAAUUUUUUUAAGUAAUGAUUCUCAAGUGGGAUUUUAUAAUGCAUCCUUGCAGCUUGCAUGGGUGUCCUUCCCUUUAUUUUCCUAAGGAUUGGAUGGAAGUUGUUGGGGAAGGAAGAAGGGUUGGAGUAAGAUGGAUCUCUUUUUUCUUUCCUAUGUGGAAAGGUGUAUAGGGUACCAUUAGCAUGGCUAACAUUGCCAUGCGGCUCUACGUGUGGUCCAUGUACAAUGGUUCUCCAUCAUAGCAUUUUGCUUUUGAAAGCAUAUCCCUCCAACUCUUGGUGAUGUCCUUUGAGAGUUCAUGCUGGGGAACUCAUGGAGUGUUGGUGUAACUUUUUUACAUGCUACUUGUCCUGUCAUCAUUUGGAUAAAGUGCUAAUUAUGCUCUUUUGAUAUAUUUUAUUUCUUGAA